UUCCCGAGGCAGUGGCAACUUUGCGGCGUCUAACUCCGGGCAAGUCCUUAAAUAGUUUUCUUUUACCGUUUCGACGUCAAAUUUAACCGGCAAACUUUGUCGGUAGUAACUCCUGCGCAUGAAGAGGAUUUAGGAAAAGAAAAAUCGGUUAACAUAGCGUCGAAGGGAGCUAACUGCUGAGCCAGACCGGUUUUGGCGUGUGACAGGAGAGUCAGCUCUCCACCUGGGCUGGGCUGGAGAUGGGGGAUCCAGAGCCUCCAGAGUUCGGGUCCCUAGAGGAGGAGUUGGAGUACUGGAAAGAACAGGCUGCCAGGCACCAACAGAGUGCGGAGGAAGCUCAAGAAGAGCUGCAGGAGUUUCAGCAGAUGAGUCGUGACUACGAGGUGGAGCUGGAGACGGAGCUGAAACAGUGUGAGGCACGAAACCGUGAGCUUCUUGCUGCCAACAACCGCCUUCGCAUGGAGCUGGAAAACUACAAGGACAAGUAUGAGACGCAGCACUCUGAGGCCUGCCGGCAGAUCUCCAGCCUGGAGGGCGACUUGGCCGAGACCACGGCCAUCAGAGACCAUUUUCACAAAUACAUCAGAGAGCUGGAGCAGGCCAACGAUGACCUGGAGAGAGCCAAGAGGGCGACCAUCAUGUCACUGGAGGACUUUGAGCAGAGGAUGAACCAGGUCAUAGAGAGAAAUGCCUUCCUGGAGAGCGAGCUGGACGAGAAGGAGAAUCUCCUGGAGUCUGUCCAGAGACUGAAGGACGAGGCCAGAGACCUGAGGCAGGAACUGGCCGUGCAGCAGAAGCAGCAGGUACAGGACAGGAAGCCGUCCCUCAGCAGUGCCGUCAAAGAGCCUUCAUCGUCUUCCUCCUCCUCGGCUGGGCUGCCCACCCCACCUCUCACCCCUCCAGAUAAAAGGACGGAGGACAAAACCACAACUUCGUCCUCUAACCAGCCCGUCCCCUCCGCCACCACCACACCGUCCAGACCUUUGGCCCCAGCUGAGUCCUUCGCCACCCCACCACCCUCCGUCAGCAGAGGUGAAAGCCUUGCAGGGACGCCUCUCACCACCUCGGCGAGAAUCUCGGCUCUGAACAUCGUUGGAGAGCUGCUGAGGAAAGUCGGGAACCUGGAGUCCAAGCUGGCAUCAUGUCGGGAAUACGUCCACGAGCAGACGGCUAAUCGCAGAGGUCACGCUGGAGGACAGGGGGCGCCAGCGGGCCAGAGCAACUCCUCAGAGACCCAUCCCACCAACGGCCUCUACAACAAGGGGCUGGUGAAGAGGUUAGACUUCGGAGCAGGACACAAGCUGCUGCUGUGAAAGUGAAAACACCCUCCACCUUAAUCCUCCGAGCUGCUCGGCCUUUCCCGUCCGUCCAGCCUGGACCUCUCAAACAUGUAACGGUACUGUGUGUCGCACAUCACACAGGUGGUUUCAGACUCUCUGCCUCUUCGAGGACACGGACCACUCUUUAAUAGGAAGCUGCAGUGAUGGAUGGAUUUGUCACUGUGGAUGUCUGUUACCAGCUCAUUUCUUCUCAGCACUCGCACUUAGCUUGAACUAACUUACUGGACUUGUGCUGCGUGUCACCACCUCACCUCCUGCGUUUGGAUUUGCCAGAUAUUUUGUGGCAAAUUUUUGUGUCGCUCUAAAGGUGUGUUUUCAGACUGAAUUUUACAGACAGCAUUACAUCCAGAGUCAAUGAAAAGACACUAACAGAUGCAGGUUCUAACUGUCAAAAACACCAGAGGAAGAAUAACUUCUGCACUUCAUUCAACAGAGUGCAUACCUCCACCGAGGUCAAACAAUUCUUCAUGACUGUAGCAUUUUCUUCUGUCUGGAUCUGCAGCAAAUUGUACAAACUCAUAGAUUUCACCACACAACGUUUUUACAUCAACUUCCUACAUUAUUUCCUGAGAAGUUGAUGUAAAAUUGUUAAGCAGCUAGCUAACAACUCUGUAAGCUAACACAAAAACAAACCUACACAAAGUGAAAAAGGCUUUUUGUUUAGUCUGAACACACCUUUAUGGCAUGUGAGUACUAAAUACUGGAAGAGCACUUUUAUCUUCCUGAGUGGAGAGGGUUUUUGAGAAUGUCUUUUAAAAUACUACUUUAAAAUCUUGAGCUCUUGUUGUUUGUCGUCAUAAUAUCACACUGCUUUCUGAUGCCCAGUCGCCACAGUUUAAUGCGAGAUCAGUCGCUGAUGAAACUCCACCAACAAAGUGCCACUAAAUGAAUUCUUUUUUAGAUUUCUAGUUUCCUGUACAUGGACCACAGAAGAAGACAGACUUUGAAUUUUUGCAAUGUGGAUUUUGCAUUUACUGCUUGCUGCUGUCUCGACAGUUACUGAGUAAAGAGGACUCUAAUUUACUCCAA